AUGGAGAGUGCCACAGCAGCUUCUGGCCAAGUGCACUGGGAAAGUGUAGUCAUUGGUGUCAGCGUUGGCCGCAACGAGGAUGAUCGCCUCGAAAGCCCUAUACCCGAUGCACUGCUAGUAGCUAAGACAGCACGCGAUGUGGGCCUUUGCAGCGACCGGGUGUUCAGAGUUACAGAUGCCCUCGAGCCUUGCACCCAGGCCACUGUUAAGACUGCGCUCAUGAGCGCAGCUAUGAAGCUGCGCAAGAACUCGAACUUACUGGUCUAUUUCGGAGGUCACGGCGCUUGUGGCCCGUAUGGCUAUACACUGGUGUGUCCUCGUGGACUGCAGCAUUUGGAAGACAGCUUCUACUUAGAAGAUCUGGUGGCCAGAGUAGUGGAUGAGUGCGAGUGCAGUUCAAUAGGCGUUCUGACCAUUUCUGCAGCGUGCAGGCCAGAGACUAGACAGUUGAUCGACACCGGAUUGGAAGACCUUGCCACUAAAAUCAACGACGACUCCUACGACAUGAACUUUCACCAGGCACAUGAAACGAAUACGUACAUCCAUGCCUGGGCCUGUCAGCGAGGUCAAAGCAUGGAGGAUACUUGCACUUUUGCUGAAUCUCUGUGUUUUUUGCUUCGUCAGAGACCUCAAUAUGUGCAAUAUUUGCUCAGCAGCUUGCAGAGUGAGGCAGGCUUUAUGACACUUGGGGAGGUUGAUCUUCAAAAGACGGAAGCUGCAGCUCUAAUGCCUUUGCUUCAAGGUGGGAGAAUGCCUGCAGCUCUGCGUUUGGAUGCUGCAGACUUGCAUGGUGGGGGAUUAUUCAGGCACCACCUGCGAGUAUUGCUUCACGAAUACCUGCGAGAGAAGCAUUCAAGCUAUGAGAUGGCCAGAGACAUGGCAGUGAUAAUUGUGCAGAAGCUGUGUCGGCACAAGCCGUGGAAGCUACAACUUGGGACUCCGUUGGUGGAAAUCUUGACUUCGGCCACACUCCAGCAGUUCCACGCGUCUCUUUGCAGUCUUACUGGCGAUGACACAGUCGGUAAUGGUAGCUCAGGAUUGGGUGCUGAGACCUACGAAACACCGGAUUUCAGGUUUCCAAGCUCAGAAGAUGAGACAGACGAUUGCACAGUGCGUGAAGCACUUCACAACAUCCCUUUCACGGUGCUGGAGCAUGUAUUGGACAUCUGCCGUGUAGAGACCGUGGAUCACUUGGUUGUGAGACAAAUGCUUGACGAGCUGGGAAGAGCAUAUUCACACAUGAGCGUGGACGACCUGAGAACUGCAUGCAAAGAAGCCACAGCUGGUUGCUCGUGGUUUCCAUUUGCUGUGUCCUCGCAGAGUACGCCAUGCAUUGACUCGGAGGCUCGCCGGUUGGCAAACGCGGUGCGGAGAGGGUGUCAGGCACUUGAAAUCCAGGAUGCGAGCGUUUUGGUGGCAGAGUCCUCCGCAUGGAUUUUUCUACUGACUCGACAAAGGCUGUCCAAGAAACAGCGCGAUGGCAUCGUGAGCUGUGUCUCUGAGUUUAUCGACAAGCUGAAGGCCAAGGCGCUGGUCUGGAGGUCUGCAACACCUCCUGAAGAACAAGCGCUUCACUUUGUGCCAGCAGGAUUGCGCAGCCUUCUCCAGACUGUCCAAAGCAUGGGAGAGAGAAUUCGGCUUCCCGCGACUUUGGUGCUGAAUGUGCAAGGCUUCCGACGCCUUGCUCUCGAUUGGCUACGUGCUGGUAAACAUUCUCAACUGGAGGACACUUCGCUAUGA